AUGGCAUCUGAAGACCAAGGGCCUCGGCUGUUCGACCAGUGCCGUCUUUGCAUUGUAUGCUCCAAAGAUCUCUCCCGAGAGUCCGCGGAGCAGCUUGCGACAACCCUCGAAGAACAUGGCGGCGAGCCUUUGAUUGUCCAACCCGGGGCCGAGGUCCCUGAUGUGGCUAGAUUCAGCCAUUUGAUCUCCAAUACCAUUGAUUUUGAGGCCUACGAUACUACCUGCGAUGCGCUGAUCCCCGUGGUGAAGCCACAGUGGGUGAGUAACUCACUGGCGAAGAAGAAGUUAGCGAACCCUCGCCAAUACAGCCCCGAUCCUCGUCUCUUUAUGAACGAUGUGGUGGUCACCUGCGGUGACAUACCGGAAGGAGAUAAGGAUGCGAUUAUCGGCGGCGUAGUUGCAAAGGGUGGACUAUACAGUCCGCGAAUGUCGCAGAUGGUUACUCACUUGGUGGAUCUUACGGCAGAAUCGGACAAGGCGCGCAUAGCCCAGGCCAAGAAAUUGAAUCUGAAGAUUGUUCUACCGCAUUGGUUCGAUGACUGCCUGAAACUUGGUCGGCGCAUCGAUGAACGUCCCUAUACCCUUCCAGACCCGGAGAUACUGCACGUAGGUGUUGAGACCCCGAUUCCACCGCAAGACAAUAAAGAUUUGGUUGGCGCAUCGACGACUAAUCCAACAAAGCUGCCAACGCCAUCCGCUUCGGCGCAUACAGACGGUCAGCAGAGCGUUUUUGAGGGGAAAACCAUCAUGCUAUCUCCGGAUCUUGGAAUUGGUUCGCAUCUACAAGAGUCGAUUGAAGCUGUUCUGAAUCAGGGCGGUGCUCACGUUACAUCAAAUAUUGAUACGGCAGACAUGUUGAUUUGUCGCUACCGAGAAGGCUUUGCGUACCGCACGGCAUCGCGGCUCAACCUAGACGUUGGAAACCUUGCCUGGCUUUACCGGCUCAUGACAUUUAACACAUAUACAUCACCUCUCAGGCGACUAUUGCACUACCCUGUCUCUCGUACGGGUAUUCCUGGAUUUCAAGGACUGAAGAUCAGCUUGUCCAAUUAUGUUGGUGAAGCAAGAAUCUACCUGGAAAAUUUGAUUGCAGCCGCAGGCGCGGAAUGUACAAAAACGUUGAAGCAGGAGAACACUCAUCUGAUCACUGCUCAUGGAACGAGUGAGAAGUGCAAUGCAGCCAAGGAAUGGGGUCUGGAAGUGGUCAAUCAUUUGUGGUUGGAAGACAGCUAUGCCAAAUGGAAGCUACAACCCGCCUCGGACUCACGCUACAGCCACUUCCCUUUGCGAACCAAUCUUGGAGAAGUUGCGGGCCAGACACGACUUGACCGUAAUGUUCUUGAGCGAGUCUUUUUCUCCUCGGAGGACACUGCCCCAAGUCCACGGCGUGCAAUGCAUAGCAAGGACCAGAAUAUGGUUUCUGUGCAAGCCCCGCCUGAGAAAAAACGUAAGAUUGUCGAUGAUGCAUCCGAUGCUUCUCAUGGCACCCCGCAGACCGCUGGCAAGUCACGACGGCCCAUACAGACUCCUGCACGGUCUCGCAUCAUGUCCGAAGGCAAGGAGAAUGAGACCCCAUCUUCGACUAGCAGUCGCAAAUCCAAGGAUGCCGCAACUGCCCGACUUCACGAGAUUGCUCCAGAUAUCGCACUGUACGAGAAAGAGAUGAAGCGCGUGGGUGGUGUGAUCUACGGUGGAAGGCGCAAGUCGAAUGAGAACCGGGGCCAGGAGAAAGAGAAGGAGAAGGAAACCAGGAAGCGAGCGUCGGUUGAACCUGAGGAUGAGAGUGAUGGCGACCACGCAGUGGAGCCUAAACGACAGAAGAAGUCUCGACCACCAAUCUCCAUGCACCUGUUGAUUACUGGCUACCAGAAGUGGAUUGGCAAAGGCAAUGAGAAGAAAGAGGAUGCAGAUAAGCGAACCCUUCGAGAACUCGGUAUUAUGGUCGUACAAGACGCCCGACGAUGCACUCAUCUGGCAGCGCCGUCCAUUUUGCGGACCACUAAAUUUGUCAACGCACUCGCAUAUGCACCAAUAAUUGUGAGCACAGACUUUAUUACAAGUUGCCUCCAGAAGGACGAGUUACUUGAUGCCUCUGAUUACCCUCUGGUAGACAAAGAGGCUGAAAAGAAGUAUAAGUUCUCUCUUUCUUCUGUCACAGCGAACGCCAAGAGGAACAAGAACAAGAUGUUGCACGGUUAUCGCAUGUACUGCGUGGAUGAUAUUCGCGGUGGCUUCGAGGCAUUCAAAUCAAUUGUUGAAGCAAAUGGAGGUGAAUGCAUGCUCUUCCGUGGCCGUCUUGCCCUAGCGGACCAUUCCCGGCGUGAGGAAAGCGACGAUGAAAGUGAACCAGAUGACACGCCCGCUCGUCACGAGGUCUUUCUUCUUAGCAGUGCCGGGGCGAAACACAGCCGAGUCUGGCCGCGGUUCCGUCAAGUGGCAGGCGAUAUAAAAAAGACCCCCCGGAUCGUCCGAGUUGACUGGCUGCUUGACAUGGCCAUGUCACAGGAGACACGGCCCGUCGAUGAAUACGAGUUGACCGAGGACAUGAUUGAUAACACGGAUGAGUAG